UUCCAGAAUGUCGACCCUGCUGUUCUGGCAGGGUAAAGGAAAGGCGAACGGCGCUCCGAACGGCCGUAACUGGAUCCACGCGCCCGACGCUCUCAUCAAAGGCCACGUAGCAUACUUAGUGAAGUUCCUUGGUUGCACACAAGUGGACCAGCCGAAAGGUAUCGAAGUAGUCAAAGAUGCCAUCAAAAAGCUACAGUUCACACAACAGCUGAAGAAAUCGGAGACUAAAGACGCCGCCAAAUGCAAGAAGGUGGAAAUCACUAUAUCUGUGGACGGAGUCGCUAUUCAGGAGCCAAGAACAAACAACAUUAUGUACCAAUUUCCUCUCCAUAGGAUUUCGUACUGCGCGGAUGACAAGGGUGCAAAGAAAUACUUCUCAUUUAUAGCUAAAGGUGGCAGCACCAUAAACGGGGGCGUCAACACAGACAACGCCGCGGAGAAACACGAGUGUUUCGUAUUUAUAUCUACGAAACUCGCCUCGGAGAUCACUCUCACCAUCGGGCAAGCUUUCGAUUUGGCGUACAGGCGGUUCUUGAACGACAACGGCAAAUACAUCGAAAUGCAGAAACUGACUCUACAAAACAAGAAGCUUGAGUUACAGAUGAACACGUACAAAACGAGGUUACAGGAAUUAUCCAAGGUCACAUACAAAGACGAUUUAUCAGCGUAUCUCGCCAGGAACAACCUCUCCGACAUUGCAGAGUUCAAAGUGCCCGAAGUAUUGGAGCAGCAGAUAUCUUCGCUCACACUAUCGAAUGGAUUUAGCGCUAUGAACGGAAAUAAGACACCGACGGAGAUGGGUACAGAAGCACUCUCCAACAAUUCAACGGCGGAGCACAACCUGCUGCUGGCCACCCCUCCGCCAGCGCACAAUGGGAAACCGCACUUCAAUAAUACAAAACAACCAAAAGAGUUGUCCUCAAACAAGAACCCCGUGGUGGGACCCAGACUAGAAGAAUUGUUGCUCAACUCAGACUCUGAUAGUGAUUUCGACCCCCGUGCAUACGAAUCGGAACCUGUGACACGAUUCACUUCGCCUGUUGUAGAAAAUGCGGUUACACCCACUCCACCACUAUUGGCCCCACCACCAAAAGCUUCGAAACGCCAAACGCCACAACAGCAAUCGCCACCCCAACAAUCCGUCCAUACCCCACAAGCGAUUCCGCUAAAUUCCGACUUAUUCGGUUCACCACCAUUCGGUGUCCAAUCGGUACAACCGCAAAACUCCAAUUUCUCUCAGAACCAAGUGAAACCGAAUUACGAUAUAAGUGAUUUUAAUUUACAAACAUCGGUUUUUAACAACACUAACACGUCUUUCACUAACGGUUUGAGCGGAUACGAUCCGUUCGACACGCAGAAGACUGGAAACAUAUUUGGAAAUGGGUACGGGAAUGCGUUCAAUGGAUUCGGGAAUUUGAGCGAGAAACAGACGGUGGAGUUGAACAGCAGUUUCAACGGGUUCCUAGACAAAACUAUUUCAGAAAUGAAGGAUGGAUUCAGCCGAGGGAUCACCUUUGGAAACGAUGAUUUUUCAAUAGAUAAUCUCGAUCCCCUGAAGAUGUUCUGAUGGCAUAGGCGGGCGAACCCUUUUCGCUAAAAUACGUGGCCACUCUGACCAUGUGCGUUAUAUAAAAUUAGUUCACGCGUGACCGCUACCGUUUUGGAUCGUUCCGUAUCGCGAGUCGGAGCUCCCAAAAAAAUGGAAAAUUAUGUUGUUUUCUCAUUCAAAAACCAAUUCUGCCGCUUCAAUCCUUGUCGGCCUGCAAAAAUGCUUCUUCACGCCUCUCAUAAAGGACCCCAGAUUGUAGGAAGGAGAGAAAAUGUGCGCGGGCAAAGAAUUCCACUUACGAAUAGCCCCAUCAGCCCCACACACAUCACACAAACACACACACAUUAUGAGUGCCCAGUGCAGUCUAGUUAUGUCUACACUGCACUGGCCACUCACCUUCCCUACAGAUGGAAUAACAUUAUACUUACACCGACCAAGGUGACCUUGCUCG